AUGCCAACCGAGUCUGAUCAGAGAAAGAAGAGCUUCACGAACUGGUGCUCGGGACAUGCCUGGUUUCGCCACUUGCCCUGGAAGACCCAUCGACCAUCCUACACUGAGAAUGCAGUGGAGGAUCGCUGCGCGCGUUGCAAACACAACAGGCAUAGACUCCUGAAACUCUGGUGGCGUUCGGAGAGUGAGACUAUAUGCAAUUCAUGCUACACGAAGGGCGACUGGAAAGACAUAAUGCCUCAAGGCUAUGAGAAUGUGAGAACUAUGAAGGAAAUACGCGCUCGGAAGGCAGAACUUGAGAAGCAGGAAGCCGAGCGGUAA